AAAAAAACCCCGCAGUUAAAUCAAAUACUUUUUGCAGUUAAAGUACAGUAAAACAAAAGUAUUUGUUUCAACAGCAAAACUCUUGACGGAAAUACUUUGCUCUUGAUUCAAAUACUUUUUUUAAAUGCGGCACUUUUGAAUCAAAAGCGGCUGUGCUUUUAAAAAUCAUCUUAUUAAAAUCUAAUAUAAAAAUAGAUGUUUUAAAGGUUUCGUAUUUAAUUUUCUUUGAUUACAGUUUUUUAAAUGUAAAAGUAUUUGUCACAACCAUUUCGCAUUUAAUUUUACUGUUUCUCCAUACGAUGACAGAGAAGUUGACGCUUACAUUUUUCCAUCGAUCAUUCUAACAGAAACACGUGUUGCGUGCGCAAAUACUUUAAUUUGGGUUUUAUAGUGAAGCUGCGCAAAAGAAGCUUACAUAGUUUGCAUUUGCAUUAGUGUGCCUGCCGCAUCGCCCGCUGCUUACGGAGGCUGUUUAAAAGGGACUUCCACAGAUUUUUUUUAUAUAAAAGACGACAUUUGCGAAAAGUCUACUCUGCAGUUUACACUAUGAGUGAGGAGUUGAUACCAUCAACUGAGCUGUCGUUAUUUGCCGAGCAAUGUCCGUUGGGAGAUGAGUCCCCUACAACGGAAAAUGUCGACAAUGAGUCCGUAGUAAUUCUGGAUAGUGAUGAACAGUUAAUUAAUUUAUUGUGUUCGUGGGAUUUGUCGUCAAAUGCAUUGAUACAGUUCAAGAGAUGUGGUUUAAAGAGUGUAGCAAUUUUGCAGAUGAUCCAUUCCCACGACAUUGACGAAAUUUUUAAUGCCAGAGAACUAAUUGCGGACACAAUUAAGUUCCGGUACAACUUGCAAAAAUGGCGUUUAGAAAAUAAUUUCGAUAUGCUCACGUGCUGUAGUGGUGAUAGAACUAUAACAAACCUUUCAUCCAUUCGAAGCUGGCUGAGCUCUGCAAGCACACCUUCAACAUCCCCAAACAACGAACCCAACGUCGAAGAGGUUUUAAAAGAAACAGUAGCAGGUAACGACAUAAUAAAGAAGUACGAAAACUGUGGUUGCCUCCAAGAAAGUGACCAAUCUGCAAUAGUUCGCAUUAUUGUGGAUAAACUGAACCUGACGUAUUACGACGCCAUGUUUGGAGCACUUGAUGCAAAUUGCAGGCAUUAUUAUCUUAUAAACUUACUACAUGCAGUAAUAACACCGCCGAGAGUAAAUAAAAACAUAAAGCCCUCCAUUACAGAUGCACAAAUGGAUAUGAUGGUGCAUCUUAUAAAUAUUAAUAACUUCCAGCAAAAACUUGACGAGCUAAAUGAAAGCGCUCACAACGAGGGAUUAACACUGCAACCUAGAGUUUUUGUUGUUGGUGAGAGUCCUCAAAACUUGAAGGAAUUCUAUGUCUGUGUUGACAACAUUAAAUAUAAAGUAGGUAGCUUAAUUAGGGCUAUAGAUUUAGUUGUAAAAAUGUCUUUUGUAUUUAACAUUGAAUAUUCCGUAAAGAGCAAAUAUGUGUGGAUUUUCCUUCAACGAUAUAUUUAUGAUAUUUCCUCUAAGGAAAAAUUUCCCAAAAUUGAAAAUAUUUUAAACAAGCAAAAUAAUGUUCAAUAAAAAUGCACUUGAAGAAAGACCCACACAUACUUGCUCUAUAUGCGGAAAUGAAUUUAUAUUAUUUGAAAAUCUUUUUAACCAUCUUAAGAUUUUACAUCGAACUCCAAUUACUUUUAAGUAUUUAUGCCUUUAUCAGAAAUGCAAUAGAUAUUUUCAAAACUUGUAUAAGUUUCGAAAUCACGCAAGCAAGCAUGAUUUUAAUUGCAAUCUUAAUGAAAGCAGUGUAG